CACAUUCACAUCCAUACCGCAGGGUGGCGCUGUUGAGCUUCACUUCCUCGACUGUUGGAGCUGCUGUAAUGCUGUCAUUCUGACAGCCACACUUUCAGCUAAACUAAUAUAUCAUAUUUACACAACAAAAUCAAAAAACAGAUGUCGGGAGCUGUGAGAAAGAGGUUUGCUGAAGAUUACAUUAGUCUGUUAGUGUGGUAACGGUUAUUUAUCAGUAGCGGUAACGUUAGUUGGCUAAAGUAGCUCAGCACAGCUUUGUUUACAUUGCUAGUUCUGUUCAAGCAGCUCUCAUAGUGGGUUUAUGGCAGCAUAGAAAAGCUUUGAAACUGCUAGAUUACAUCAGCGGCCUGGCAUCAUCAUAACUGCUCAAAUUUGGCUGAAAAAGUUUUAUUUGUGCCUGUGCUACAACAUCAGAAUGGGUAUGUGUUUACCCUGUCUGAGUGGAGCUGGGGAUGAUGUAGUAGUCACACCAGACCCUGAGACAAGGAGACGACAGCUAGCAGAUGCUGCAGAGAAGAGACAGAAAGAGACUACCUACAGAGGUAUCAAAAACCCAGAAGCCUUGGAGAGGAAAAAGAAGAAACAAGAAGAGACAGAGAAACAGACCAUGAACUCUGUACCUUCUGGAGGUGGGGGACUAAAGUGGCAGGUUGGCUAACACAGGCUGAAGGGAAGAUCACUGGUGUGUCUACAUUGGGGAUCAACCUUCAUCUGCAGUAUUUCCCGCUGACUUGAGAGAUUCUGUAAACUCUGUGCUUUCUUUCUUAUUUUGAAGUGUACACUAGCCAGGGGAGUUUGCGUAGAGACUGCCAAGCUCCUAAUCCUCCAGGUCUUCUGAUUUGCCAGAGUGCAUUCAGGCCACGCCCCUUUAAAUGCCAAGAUGGGCUAGCUAGUGGGUUUCUGGGAUAGAGAUUUCAUAUAAUGGUUUUUUUCACAACCUAUUCCGUUCAUGUUCAUGCAUCAUUUUCACACACGCAGCUUUUGUACCAAUGUGCUUUCUAUUUUUGACAUUGUUUACGAACCUAGACUCUGAGAUCUGAAUGUCAUUUUAAUACACAUUUAUACGACUGAAAAGCAUGUUUUAUAUUGGAUUUUGGAUAAUUUUGUGCAUAGUUAGCCAUUUAUAUUUAUGCAUCCGUUACCAGUGUGUUUUGGUUGUAAGCUCAUAGUGCAUUUUGCGAUUUUUCAGGCCUGUACAGCAUGUGGGAAAUGUGUGAUAUUUAAGAGUGAAGUUAAACAUGCAAAUUAAGGAUAUUAUGUCAGUUAGCACUUUCACUGCCUGUUGAUUGUAUGACUUGCUGUUCUUAUGAACCAAGUUGAAUGUGUAUCACUUUAUCUUAUCAGACACCUCAAUUUCUCACCCUUUCUGAAGGGCUUUGGUUGUCUUAAGUUAAGAAAAUCUUAACUUACCACGUUUAAACUCAACAUCCAUAUUUCUGGGCCAUGCAAUUGUGACUUUAGACAUGGGAUUCUACUUUUCCGUUAGGUAGCAGCCUGAGCUAUUGUGAUUAGUGUGAAAUAUAUUGUACCUAUAGGAACUCUGAGUGAACGCUUCAUAUUGCCUUUGAUGCAUUUCUUUUUAAGAAAUGGUUUUCAGUUAUGCUCAUAAGUUGUUACCUCUGCCUACAGCAAUCACAGUCAAUGCUUGUGACAGGGAAAUAGAAUUGCACCAAAUAAUUAACAGAAAUAUCUUCCCAGGUUUCUUUCAGAAUGGGUUAUUGCAGGUUUAUACACUAGGACCCAUUUUUCAAUAGUUAGGCCACUUUUUCAAAACACUUAAUACAGUGAGCACAACAUUAAAUUCCAUUUCCAAAUUUGCAUUUUUCAAAUACCAUCAAUUAUUUUUUUUUUUUAACACAAACACCACUGAAACUCUAUAUACCUACAGGCCAAUUUGCACAUGCUUACAUACUUUUUCCUAAACUGUUUAAAUUCAAAACCUAACAAAGCUGUUUUUGGUAGUGUUUUGGUAGUUUUACUGCGUUUUGGAUGAAAUUCACUGUUUUGCCGAGUUAAAAGUUUGUAAAUAUGACUGUGUGAAGAGUUUUAAAAAAGUGACCUAAGUAUUAAGAAAUGGGUCCUAGCGAAUGUAAAAAACUAACAUAUACACACUGUAUAACAUUAAUACAAUAAAUCAGAUGAAGUAUUGCAAUGUUUAUGUUUAACAGUAGAGGGCAGUGGCAUAUCUUUGAUCAGGAACUGUUUUAGAAGCACAACUGCAAAGCUGUUGCUUAAAUAAAGAUUGUGUGUUUGAUUAAACAA